UCGCUUCUUUCCCGAAUGAGAUAACGUAUUUACCAAACACGAGCAGUUUGUCUGUUUAUGGCUUCAAGGGGACCCGUGGUGUAUGUAGAUAGAAAUAGCUCAUUCUAAGAGACUCCAUCUUCAUCUUUUGAGCCUUUUGAGCCAUACGGCAGGCUCUGCUCUGGUCUACAUGGCUCUCUUUCCCUUCAGUUUUUACCCGCUGACCUCUAUAGAGGGAGCUCCCCUAGCAGGUACACAAGAUGCCCUAUAGCACCCUGGACAGCCUUUAAACCCUCCCUGACAAUGCCUGCUGCCCAGUGCCUACAGGUCCUGUCCUGCUCAAUUAUCAGGAAAAAGGGUCCUUUGAAGAGCAGCAGUCCACCUUAAAAUGGUCUUCUCAUAAAGAACCUUGUAAGCAUACUUUACAGAAGAUUACAGUGUACCGCUGUUACUAAACUGCUGCUGAUGUGGGAUCAGAAUCUUAAAAGCACCGGAAAGUAUCAUGGUGUUGAAAAUGGUACAAUGGCAAUACCAUGUUUACGCCAAUAUGGUUCCUUGGAGCAUUUUGAAAAUAUCAACCUGCAUAAAUAUUAUAAUCAUACAGUACCAUAGAAUUACCAAAGAGAUAAAGGGUAAAAUUUUCUUUUACUGUCCUACUGAAAUAACUACAAUACCUACCAACAGCUACUGAAGUAUGUUGUUCUAAUGACCUCACCAUUCUCCAAAUUGCCUUAACACAGGAAAUGUGAAAGUCAGUGUCCAGUAAACAAGAGGUGAGGUUUUAUUUGUGGUGGGCUUAAACGUUGCUGUUAAAACAGAAUUGAACUGGCCUUUGGCCUUUUUAUAUUCAGACCCAUCUUUACACACAGUACGACAGUAUCAGUCAGAUGUUUUCCUACGUGUUUUAUCGCCUUAGGGCAUGUAAAAUUAGAUGAAUAUAAUUGAGAUUUUAAGAACCUUGUACAGUUGUAAACUGUAUAACACACCAUAGGGUGUGUUCUGUUGCAUCUGACAUCAUAACUGGACAACGCGGCGUAUUGUUGUUGGCUCGUUGCAUUACCAAAUCUUUCAUAUUGUUUAUCAACACAUUCAGAAGGACAUGGGAGAGAACACGCUAAAUCAUUUGAGAAUGAGUCACAGAAAUAAUUUGUCUCAUGUGUUUUAAAUACACGGAUGUCUUUAUGAUCAGUAAUCUAAACUGUUGAUAAAGGCAGGCUCAGAAAAAUAGCUUUCUGUGUAAAUGUUGCGGAACUAAAGUGAAACAUGAAACACCCAGCAAUGAAUAUCUCACCACACCGCUGACACAACUGUAAAUCUUUACGUAAAAAAUCUGUGUGCGUGUAUCUCUGUGUCUAUUUGUUAUACAGAAUAUUGACAUCUGAAAGCCUUCAAUCACAAGGUCUGUUUCUUUAAUGACGUUGAAAGUAGUCUAUAAGGACUCUAGAAACUGGAAUCUAUCAAUUAUUAUUUAUAUUUAAUUGCUUUGAGGAUGUUGUUCCAGGACACCCCUCACUCAGACUUAAGCAGUCAAGUCAUUUUGUUGUUUCUUGAGAAUGAGAGCCGACCCUGUGGCUCAGGGCUGAGCUAUAUAAGUACCAGACAAAGACCUGAACUGCACAUUCACUCUCUCUCUGUCUUUCUUACUCCAAGUGUUUAGCUACUGCUCUGUAAAUACAUCACAGGAAUAGAAAAGCUGUCCACAGACAAACAGUUGCUUUGAAUCUGUGGCUGGACUAUUCUUAGUGUUGAGCUGUGUAUGGGUGCUUCAUUUCAAGAGGUCAGAAGUCAUUUACAAAGAGCCAGGAUGGGCUCUCUCUCGACAUGGACCUUUCUUCUAUUUCUGUUGGGAAUUACACGCACGACUGAAGGGAUAAAAAGAAGCGUCAGGAAAAUAUCAGAGAGGCCAAGCCCAGCUGUGUACUCCAAUGUGGAUGACUUUGAGUGGACCACAUGGUUUAAUGUCGAUCAUCCCGGAGGGAAAGGAGACUAUGAAAAGCUGAACGUCAUAGCAUUUUAUUAUCGAGGUCGUGUGUGUGAGGUUCCUCGAGCUCUAGAAGCACGCACUACUGAAUGGAUGCCAGCUCGCAGCACCGGAGAAAGAGUACAUGCUGACCCAGCCAUUGGCUUCUGGUGUAUUAAUGCUGAGCAGCCUGCGGGUAGAAACUGCUCAAACUAUGCUGUACGCUUCCUCUGUCCAAGAGAUAAGCCAUUAGAAGUUGAACCAAUAUGGGGUCAAUGGUCGGACUGGAGUCCAUGCCCGGCUCAUUGUGAUCAGGUGGCAACACAGCAUCGCUCUAGAACCUGCAAUUCUAAGCAAUGCAAUGGGCCAGCUGCCGAAAGCAGAACAUGUGAAGGGCCAUCCUGCCCAAGCUGUGAUCUGCAGUGUGUGAUGGGCAGUGUAAAUGUUGAAUGUGAUGGCUGUACCUGUAAAGAUCACACAGUUCUAGGAUCAGUCCGCAGUGCCGGUGGCCUCCCUGCGCCCGGAGCUGCCAUUCUCAGCACUGAUCCAAGCCCCCGACUCCUCACUGUUACCGAUCACAAUGGACAUUUUCAUAUCCCUGGAAUCUGCCCUGAUGGCAACACUACUUUGAUGAUCAAACUGCCGAAUCACACUCCACGAAAAGUCACUGUGCCGCAAAGCACUGAAUACACCUCAGUCCUCCAUUUGAAGCUGGAGAGAGCAAAAAAACUCUAUGUGCUGAAAAAUCCAGAGAACAAGGCCAGAAAGGAAGGUCAAACUGCUGCUUUCUGUUGUAAGGUUGAUGGCUUACCUGAACCAGACAAGUAUGAAUGGUUCCACGAUGGUUCUCUGCUGGACAGGAAUCAAUAUCAGUAUGACAAGACAUUGAUUUUGAGGAAUCUUACUUUGGACCAGAUGGGAGAAUACUACUGCAGAGCUAGUAAUGAGAAUGGAGCAAUCAAAUCCAAACCAGCCACCCUCACAGUCACUGGUCAAAACGAGCCAUCAUGUAACCCUACACCUGAUUUCCACCUGAUCCGCCUACCACAUGACUGUUUUCAAAAUGAAACUAACUCUUUCUACUACGACGUGGGAAGAUGCCCUACAUCCACAUGUACUGGGAAGCUAGAUAAUGGCAUCCGAUGCAAAGACUCUGUUUCCUACUGCUGUGGAAUUUCAAACAUGGAGGAAAAAGAGAUUAAAUGCCAGGGAUAUCAUUUACCAAUCAUGGUAGUGACUCAGUGUGGCUGCAAAACAUGUGUGGACACAAAAUCUAUUGUUCGUGGACGUGCUGUUUCAGCAGACACAGGGGAGCCAAUGAGGUUUGGACACAUCUACAUGGAUGGCGUAAGAGUCAGCCGAACGGGAUACAAAGGAACGUUUUCAAUCCAGGUUCCAAAAGACACAGAACGUCUAGUUCUCACUUUUGUGGACAACUUGCAGAAGUUUGUGAACACCACAAAAGUACUACCAUUCAAUACUAAAGGCGGAGCUGUGUUCCAUGAGAUCAAGCUACUGAGGAAAAAGCCGGCUGUGACCAUUAGCUCAAGGGAGACCAAUAUGCUAGUCCUUGGGGAGGUAGAGGGCCAGGACCCCAUUGCUGAGAUCGAGAUCCCACCCAACACAUUCUUUAAAGAAAAUGGAGAGGUGUUCAUGGGAAAUGUCAAGGCCAGUGUGACAUUCCUUGACCCUAGGGAUAUAUCAACAGCAGCGGCUGCCCAGAGUGAUCUCAACUUCAUUAGUGCUGAAGGUGAUACUCUGCCCUUGAGGACUUAUGGAAUGUUCUCUGUAGACUUCAGGGCUGAAGAAGGAGGCGAGUCACUCAACGCUGGAGAGGUGAAAAUACGUCUCGACGCAGCACAAGUGAAGGUACCCGAGCACUUGAAGACCAUGAUGCUGUGGUCCCUUAAUCCUGAAACUGGUUUGUGGGAAGAAGAGGGACACUUCCAUGCAGAGAAAAAGCAAAGAGGAAAAAGAGAAGAGCGUACCUUCCUCAUAGGUAACAUGGAAAUCCGUGAGAGGCGGCUGUUUAACUUGGAUGUACCGGAGAACAGAAGAUGUUACUUAAAGGUGCGGGCAUUUCGUAGUGAUCGGUUUAUGCCAAGUGAACAAGUUGAAGGGGUCGUGAUGACUUUAAUAAAUAUGGAGCCCACGCCAGGGUUUUCAACUAACCCUCAGUCUUGGGGUAGAUUUGACAGUGUCAUCACUGGCACAAAUGGAGCGUGCCUUCCAGCCUUCUGUGAUGAACAAAAAGCAGAUGCGUAUUCUGCCUACGUCAUGGCUAACCUUGGCGGAGAAGAGCUAGAGGCAGUAGCAUCAUCUCCAAAGUUUAAUCCAAGCAGCAUUGGUGUUCCACAACCUCAUCUGAACAAAUUUAACUACAGACGUACAGAUCAUGACGAUCCCAGAAUAAAAAAGACAGCAUUCAGCAUCAAUGUGGCCAAACCCAGGUCGAACGCAGCUGAAGAAGCCAAUGGUCCAAUCUACCCAUUUGAAAAACUUAAGGAGUGCGAGGAAGCUCCAUUCAAUGCAGCUCACUUUCGUUUCUCAAGAGUUGAAGGAGAUCGCUACGAUUACAACACAGUGCCUUUCAAUGAGGACGAUCCAAUGAGCUGGACAGAAGACUACUUGAGUUGGUGGCCAAAGCCCAUGGAAUACAGGGCCUGCUAUAUUAAAGUCAAACUCAACAGCGCCCAUGAGCUUAACGUUCGUUCUCGCAAUAUGGGAGGUACACAUCCAAAGACCGUCGGUCAACUGUAUGGUAUACGUGAUACCAGAAGCAUUCGUGACAUGGACCAAUCAACUGUUUCUGCCGUGUGUGUGGAAUUCAAGUGCAGCGGGAUGCUCUACGACCAGGAUCGUGUGGAUCGCACCCUUAUAAAGAUAAUUCCUCAAGGCAGCUGCAAAAGAGACAGUGUAAACAGCAUGCUACAAGAAUAUUUGGUAAACCACCUCCCACUGGCUGUCAAUAAUGACACAAAUGAGUUUACUAUGCUUGCACCCCUGGACCCACUGGGACACAACUAUGGCAUCUAUACAGUGACUGAUCAAGACCCCCGAACAGCCAAAGAAAUCGCGCUAGGCCGCUGUUUUGACGGUACAUCGGAUGGUACCUCUAGAGUCAUGAAGAGCAAUGAGGGCGUGUCAUUGACAUUCACCUGUGGUGCUAAGGAGGUCACUAGACAGAGCGUGUUCCAGCAGAUGCAGAACUCACUGGGUCAGGCUACAGCUGGAAGUGCACGCCAAGGAAGAGAAAACAGGAGACUGAGAGGCAGUUCGACCGUAGCUCGCAACAGUAGGAGGAGUACUCGUAAUCCAUACAUGCGUGUCCAAACUAUUGGUUAAUAUUCCAAGAACUUAAAACGUUACAUAAAACCAAAAGAGCUGCUCUUAUGGGAGUUUUUGUCAAGUUCAGCUCUGGUUUCUAGAGUUUCAAAACGUAAAGACGGUAAGAAAAGUGCACAUGGAUUUACAUGACGUUGCCUGCAAUUUAAGUACAAGUCAUUUAGGCUCAUUAAGCAAAUGCCAUGUUACCUGACCAAUAUCAUUACAGAUUUUAUCAUUUGUAAAGCGGAAAGAAAAGAAUUCCAUACUGUAUGUAUCAUAAAUCUCCAGAAGAACAUUUGCUUUUUGUAAUUUUUUCACAUGUAUUUUCUAUUCUCCUGUACUGUGGUAAAUUUUAUACUACUACAAAUGUAAAUAAUAUAUUUAUUACAUACUCCAGUGUCAAAGACAAAGCUGUUAAACAUCCCACUUUCCACAUGUCCCAUUCAUCAUUUACUAAUAUGAAAAAAUCGUCUAAUUUCAUAGCUUCUUACAAAAAUACCAAGUGAAUCAUUUAAACCAAUG